AUGGAAAGAACAAGAUAUGCAUAUGAAAAGUAUCGUGAAGUUAGAAGUCAAAUUACAUCUGGUCGAACCUUUACAGUAAACUUUGACGAAGGAAAGAACAAAGAAGGCUUCAUGGGUGUACUUGCUGCAAUUCAAGACGGAAAUAAGAAAGGACACAAUCUCAGAUUGACCAUAACAGAUUUGGAUGGUCACAUUUACUAUGCACAUGGCAAUGAACAAACAGCCGCAAAACUUCUUGACGCUUUCAAGACUACAAAGAGAGAACAAAUGGUUGACUCCGACUCAGACAUUUUGAAUGCAAUUGAAGGAAUUGCAAGUGUCAAGUUCGAAUGGUACCAACCUAACCCUCAAGCAGUCAGACAACAUGCUGGAUACUUCCCGUUCAUAAAUAAGUCUGACAUUGACUUGACAAGGUAUGGAAUUUACAAUUCAAUUGAAACAAUUGUCAACGAACCUUGCAUUCUUACAUGUCUCAGGAACUCUGGUCUUGUUACAGAUGAGAAGAUGAAGUAUCUUGAGUCAUGUGUGAAGACAAGGUACAUUCUCAGAGGUCAAUUGGCAAAAAUUGCACCGUUGGCAAAUGUCAAUAUCCGAGUCAACAUACCUACAGCUAAAGGUUCUUCACAUGACGACUAUGUUGUUGACAAAGACUUACCAUGGUUGAAGAUUGUAAUUGUCCACAACCACUUCAUGUUGAACGAAAGUCUUUCAAACCCAUUCUUUGGUAAAAGUAAGUGCAACAUUGUCAGAGCUGUAAACAUUCUUUUCGAGAAAGGUUUGUUGGAACCAAUUCCAGAUGACAAGCUGACAGAAAGUUUUGUACCAAAAGACGAAACAAACUUUUCAUUGUUAGCAAGACCAAAAGUUGUUCCAGACAAA